AAUGUUGCGGACCAGCUCUCGCCUCGCCUUUUCUCGAAUUUCCCCUUGUCUCGUUCUUUCCUCGUCAUCUACGAUCUCCUUCCCUCGUAUCGCCCGAACUCAAUCCCAUAUUCAAAUCAUAAAGAUGUCUGGCAUGACUCCCAUCUCCGCUGCGGGUGCUUGUCCUCCUGCCGGCCCCUACUCUCAAGCCAUCCGUGCCAAUGGCCAGAUCUUCGUCUCCGGUCAGAUCCCCGCGGAUGCCUCUGGAAACCUUGUUACCGGAAACAUUGGCGAGUUGACACAGGCGUGCUGCAACAACAUCAAGGCUAUUGUUGAGGCUGCCGGUUCCAGCGUCAACAAGAUCGUCAAGGUCAAUGUGUUCCUAACUGAUAUGGCCAACUUCGCUGAGAUGAACACUACUUAUGAGAGGUUCUUCACUCAUAAACCCGCUCGUAGCUGUGUUGCUGUUGCUCAGCUUCCCAAAGGUGUGCCUGUGGAAAUUGAGUGUAUUGCUCUAGAGUAAUACACUCAAUUUCAGAUACGUGACAUAUAACCACAGGGCAAUCAAAUAUGUUUAUGGUUGGCUCGUUCCAGUCUACUACAUCCAUGAAUGAUCGCUUAACGAUUAUUAGUGUCUCAUUAUAAGUAGGAGCUCUCUAAAUACAGGCCGAAAACUACCGGUAGACAACAAGUGCAUCGUAACUUCAAGCAGACGGUGUGGGAAUCA